CGAAUGAGUAAAUGAGCACACUCUGGACUGAGAAUAUUGAAAACUUCUUGUCCAUCUGCUGCCCGCGAAAACAACUCAUCGUCUGGUCCAGUUACCCUAGUCGCCUAUACAUUCUCCUCACCGAGAACGUUAUCAUUCAUUCGGAGCCUGUAGCCCCAAAUUAUUGGUAAGGACCACUUCUUUGCCAGAAAACAGGGUCAACUUCUUGCACUCUGCAUUCUUUGCCUGCAUUGUCCAGAUGAGAGAGGCUACAAUGAUCAAAGGCCUUUCAACAGAAAGAACAUGGGUAGAGUAUUCAAAAGCUCUGGUAACGCAACAAUGAAAGUGAUUCAGUGACAAUGACCUUGUCUUAGAUACACAUCCCUCAGUCUAUAUAAUGCCGUUUCUCAUGCUCACUGAAAUAUCACUCCUUAUCACAAACCAUCAAAACCAACCAACCCGCAGGGUAACAACGUACACUACACAGGAUUUAUCAUAAUAACCCCAGCUAACCAAAAAUCAUGUGUGGUAUCAAACAAAUCGUCGACCAGUGCAGAACUUGCUACGGCAUCAUCUCCAAAGAAGAGAUCCCCACCAUAUGCCACAAGAGAACAUGGACGCUCCCCGAAACCUUCGGAUACGCAAAGGCAUACUGCCCAGACCAAGGAAGAGUAUACCUCGACAAGAAGCCAAGAAUUAAUCAAUGCCCGCGAUCAGAGAGCAGUUUGGGCACUUGCUCGCUGUCGCACGGUCUGGACCAGAUCCGAUCGACGAGCCCCUGGCAGAACGCCAGUGUCCUCAAUUUACCGGCAGAGAAGGAGUCAAAAAGCGUGGCUGAGAAGGUGAAGGGGUUCUUUGGUAAGUGUCUUUCCAAGGUGAUUCCUGGGGUCGGCAAGUCCUCGCAGUCCUCUUCGCCUUGGGCGGCUCUCGACCAGUGGGAGGAUAUUUGUGGUGAUGAGGAUACCAAUGACAAGAAGAAGAAAAAGAAAAAAGCUGCGUCGAUACCGACCGUAACGAGGGUUGGUCAGCUCCCUCUCUCUGAAGAAAGUGACCUCGCUUCUAAAGAUAGAAUGCAGCGCAAGUCCCCUGCUCUACCGGAUAAGGCCUUGAGGCGACUCUGUGAAACCCGAAUGCGAGAUGCGAACAGGGCGCAAUCCUCCGUAUUCGCACCGAAUUGCAACCGUCGUACACUCAUGAUCCAAGUGCACUACAACCUCAUGGCUCAAGCGUGGAGCUGUGAUCUGCAGCCAAAGGCCACUACCCAUGACCAGAAUUGCGCAUCAUCUAGGAAACUUUUUGCCUAGAGCAGACGACAAGACAAUGAGGGUCCUCGGACAUCCAUUCAUAGCUUAGGAGCAGCAUUGGCGACUAUUACCCACCCUGCGUUGAGCGUCGAUUCUACCAAAAAGUUCCAUAAGAAGCACACAUGGCAAUGAAGAAUUCAUCCUCAUAAUAAGCACAGCGACAUAUGCAGCAAGUCAGGGCCAGUGAACCGUGCCGCACGGGAUGAUCCUAGGCCAGAUACCCGGGCCUUCUGAACUAUAAGGAGUGGAGUGGAAGCGAGCCGCAAAGCGGGGGGAUUCCCAUGAAGAUUUCGCGGGGGAGGUUCCAUGAGAUAGGGUACGGAGUAGACCAAUCCUAAAGCAAGAGAAUAUGAC